AUGGCAGGGUUGGGCGCCGUUGUGCGUAAUUACAGGUUUGUGAUUGGAUCGCUCACCGCAAUCAUGUUGAUAUUACUUCUGAGAUCUUCUUCUGGCUCUUCAGGAGCUCUUCAAAUAUCGUCAAAUAAUGAAGAUGAAACGCUGAGCACUCUUCCCAUUGACUCUAACCCUGGCUAUAUCGACGAUCUCAGCUCGAGCGAGAAAAAUCCCGCUGUUGCAGACGCUGUCAAGGAAGGUCUAAAGCAGUCGUCUGGAAACACAUACUCGACGUCGGCCAAGUGCGACAAAGACCACCAAUAUGUUAUAAUGAUAGACGCCGGUUCGCAGGGCUCGCGUGUUCACGUCUAUGAAUUCGAUGUAUGCACAAAGCCUCCUACCCUGGUUCACGAAACGUUCCACGCCAUCAAACCCGGGCUUUCAUGGUACGACAAUGAUGACGUGGGCGCUGCUAAAUCUUUGGAUGAGCUGCUGGACAAAGCUCUGGAAGUUAUUCCCAAAGACAAACACAGCUGCUCGCCUGUGGCCGUCAAAGCCACUGCUGGCUUAAGAAAAUUGGGCAAGGCGAAAUCUGACAAGAUUUUGGAAGCCGUGAAAAACCAUUUGGAAAACGACUACCCAUUCCCGUUGGUGAAAAAAGAUGGUGUUGUCGUGAUGAGCGGAGAGGAAGAAGGUGUAUACGCCUGGAUCACGGCUAAUUUCCUGCUAGGAAAUAUUGGUGCAGGCAAUAAGCUACCGACGGCUGCAACAUUCGACCUCGGAGGUGGCUCUACCCAGAUUGUGUUCGAACCUAGCUUCCCUCCCAAUGAGAAGAUGACCGAGGGCGAGCACAAGUAUACACUGGACUUUGCAGACCACACUUACACUCUAUACCAGUAUUCUCAUCUUGGCUAUGGUUUGAUGGAGGCCAGAAAUAAGGUUAAUGCCUUGCUGGUGGAAACUGCGUUGAAAGAAGGACGUAUUGCUGGACAUGAAAAAGCCAUCACACUCACGUCGCCAUGUCUAGCUCCGGGCAGCGUUGCUUCUGACGUCAAAGUGCAAACGACAGAUGACGAAAUAUACUCGAUUACUUUCGAGGGCCCCGUGACAGCUGCAGGCGCUCAAUGCCGUUCUCUGACCGACGCCGUGUUGAAAAAGGACGCUGUCUGUGCUUCUCCACCCUGUUCUUUCAAUGGUGUCCACCAGCCAUCGUUGGUGAGAACUUUCAAAGAAACAAAUGACCUGUAUAUUUUCUCUUACUUUUUCGAGAAGACCCAUCCUCUGGGCUUGCCACGCUCCUUCACACUUCAAGAGCUUGCUGAUUUGGCCCGUAUGGUCUGUAGUGGCGAGGAAGUAUGGGGAAGUGUAUUCAGUGGAAUCGAAGGUUCGCUCCCUCAACUCAAGAAGGAACCACAGUGGUGUCUCGACCUGACAUUCCAGGUCUCUCUGCUACACACAGGCUAUGAUAUUCCUCUCUACCGUGAGCUCAAGACCGCGGAGAAGCUUGCCGACAGUGAGCUGGUGUGGUGUCUGGGUGCUUCGCUACCUCUACUAGAUGGCAAGGACUGGACUUGCAAGAUAUCGAAAGAGUAG